AUGUUCUCUCGCGGCAUUAUAUUUGCUGUGGCUCUUCAGGCGGCUCUUGCAUCCGCAACCCAAGUCGGACCAACACGUGUCUCCGAAUUCCUAGAAACGAACAUCACCGACCACGACUCCACCCUCCAUAACCGCGCUGCUCUUGGUACAGCCAUUGUAUCCAAUCGCUGUGAUCAUGAUAUUUGGCUUUGGUCCGUAGACGAGCGUACCAACAAGGGCCCCAUCAAGAUCCCCAAACGCAGCAAAUACAGCGAGCCUAUGCGAAACCCUUGCAAUGGCUGCGGUAUAUCUUUGAAGAUCUCUAACUCCAAUCAAUUACAGGGGGGAAAGCAAACGCAGUUUGAGUAUGCAAUUGCGAACAAUCAGAUAUACUAUGACAUCAGCUUCGUCGACUGCGCCAAGGGAAAUAAUGCCGAUAACUGCCCCGGUCAUGCACAUGGCUUGCGCAUUGAUAGCCCUCAGAAGUCAUGUGGAGUCUUAAACUGUGCUAGUGGGGCUUAUUGCGUCCACGAUGCUUAUUAUGUCGACGACCCACUGGCGAAGAUGGGAAUUAAAGCCCCUGUGCUGGGAUGUGGCCCUGGAAAGACUAACAUGGACCUGUACUUCAAGGUGUGCUCUGAUAUGGCGCCACUAAAGAGAGAAGUGUCGAGUGUAGCGGGACGAAUUGUGGUUGAGAAAGAGAUCGAUUUUUGA